AUGGCACACGACCCCAAUCACCCCGCAACUGCCUCCCACCACGAUGCAGCCACCGCCACGCCCCUAGUCCCAAGCACACAAGUCUCAGCAACCCUGCUCCAGCAAUGCAGUUCACUCCUCUCCGAGAUUGACGAGUUACAAACCCUGCUGAAAGGCUCGCUACGAAAUCCGCAGCUGGUGGAGGUGCGCCAAUUCCGGUCGAAUGUGAACUCGGAAUUGAAGAUGCUGCAGAAGCUGGAGCAGCGCAUGCAGAACAAUAUACCUGCGUCGGCAGAUCAGACUGAUCCCGAGCUUGAGAAACGACUGUUGCAUGCGAUGCGGUCGUCCAAUUUGCCGUUCUACCAAGCAGUGUGGAACAUUGCUAAGACGUCGUGCUCGGGCUUGGUGGCGUUGGGGAAACGGUUUUAUUGGGAGGGUGAGGUCAAGUCGUGUGAGACGACACGCGAUGCUGGCAAGAGGAAAAAUGGUAGUGGGGGAUGGGAGAAACAGCCGAACAAGGACAAGCGCAAGAGUGUGUUUGUGGAUAUUGUUGCCGGUGAUGGGGAGGAGUGGGUGAAGGUGUCCACAAUUUCGGAGAGCAGGUUGUUGUUUGAUAUGGCGAAGAAAGGAUGGGAGCGAGAUAGUGAUGAUGAUUGUCUAUCCGAUGAAGUUGAAGAGCCGGUAAAACGGACUAUUUUGCGGAACUUCGACGGCGAGGAUGACGAAAAUGAUGAUGACGAUGAGCCAGAGCUUAUCAAGUUGGCUCGGGACUUGAGGAAGGCCGCUGAUGGUACGCGGGUCCGGUAUAGACAUCCUCGGCUACGAAUCAUUCUACCCAAGAUCAUGGAAGGAGAUGUUCCUGAAAUUGAUGAUAUCCUCAAGGAAAUGCGCAGCUAUGGUAUCAAGGUCGAGUGCCAGGGCGGCCUGUCCAAUGUGAGCGCCACAAACCUGGCACACCUGCUGCCCCAGCCUUUCAAAAACUUUACUCCCACCCUCAAUGUCGAUUGCACCCUGCUUCUCGCCAUGGUGUCUGAUCUAUCCCACGUCAAGGAUAUGCCCCCAUCGCCGAGUUUCCAUAGAGCUAUCAUUCGCCAGAUAGAGGUCGAAAAGGAAAAACCGCUGCUUCCAACUGAGCUCUGGGCUGCCAUGGGAGACCGCGAGCUGCUGAGCACCGAAGAGGCUGCCACGCGCAUGCGUGAGAUCGUCGACACCAUUGGAACGAAGACGGAGCAGACUCGAAUGAAGAUCAUGAUGGGCCAUGCUCCAUAUGACCAGUUAGACCGCGAGUCUCUCAUCCAAAAAUUCGCAGAAAUGUCCGAUUACCCUGUUCCAAAAGACUGGAAGAUCCCACUCAAGAUAGUUGAGGCACAAUCGGUGAUCGACGCUGCGAAAGCACAAGGGAAACUUCCUUCUGUGGCGGAAAAGGUUGCGGAAGGCUUGUCGGAUAUCAACCACAGCGUUUUCAUGUAUGGAUGGGCAACUGGGAUGACCACUAUAUCAAGCAAUCGAACGAUCGAUAAACAGAUCGAGAUGACGAUUGAGAAUAGUCGCCAAGGCGAUGAUAACAGUGAAGGUCCCUUUGUCUGGAUUUGCGACACAGCCCGAAGCUUAGUGGGGAAAGACAAAGAUCGCCAAUAA